AUGAAGAGGAGGAAGAGGAAGAUGAGGAAGAUGAGGGGAGACGGAGAGGAGACCGAGAGGAGGCCGAGAGGAGACCAAGAGGAGACCGAGAGGCGGCCGAGAGGAGACCAAGAGGAGACCGAGAGGCGACCGAGAGGAGACGGAGAGGAGACGAAGAGGAGACGGAGAGGAGACGAAGAGGAGACCGAGAGGAGACCGAGAGGAGACGGAGAGGAGACGGAGAGGAGACGAAGAGGAGACGGAGAGGAGACGGAGAGGAGACGGAGAGGAGACGGAGAGGAGACGGAGAGGAGACGAAGAGGAGACCGAGAGGAGACCGAGAGGAGACGGAGAGGAGACGGAGAGGAGACGAAGAGGAGACGGAGAGGAGACGGAGAGGAGACGGAGAGGAGACGGAGAGGAGACGAAGAGGAGACGGAGAGGAGACGGAGAGGAGACGAAGAGGAGACGGAGAGGAGACGGAGAGGAGACGGAGAGGAGACGGAGAGGAGACGGAGAGGAGACGAAGAGGAGACCGAGAGGAGACGGAGAGGAGACGGAGAGGAGACGGAGAGGAGACGAAGAGGAGACGGAGAGGAGACGGAGAGGAGACGGAGAGGAGACGGAGAGGAGACGAAGAGGAGACGGAGAGGAGACGGAGAGGAGACGGAGAGGAGACGGAGAGGAGAGACGGGAGGAGACGAAGAGGAGACCGAGAGGAGACCGAGAGGAGACGAAGAGGAGACGGAGAGGAGACGAAGAGGAGACGGAGAGGAGACCAAGAGGCGACCGAGAGGAGACGGAGAGGAGACGGAGAGGAGACGAAGAGGAGACCGAGAGGAGACCGAGAGGCGACCGAGAGGAGACCAAGAGGAGACCGAGAGGAGACAGAGAGGAGACCGAGAGGAGACGGAGAGGAGACGAAGAGGAGACGGAGAGGAGACCGAGAGGAGACCAGGGAGAGACCCAGGCCCUCUGAGUCUCUCAGGACUCCCCCAGAUGAGCAGGACACAGUAG